CUCUAUCCCCAUUUGCGAUUUCAAGUGCAGAGGUGUUAGAUGCAUUUAUUUCUACAAGCCGGAGAAUGAGAGUUUUACUGGGACUUUUUCCUUUUCUAUUUCUGGUGAUAUCGCCUUCUUUGGUGCUAGGACAAGGUCAUGUAUUGGACAAACCCGUAACGGAGCUGUGUCUCAACUGUCUAUGUGAGGCAAUGAGCGGCUGCAAUGCCACGUCAAUAUGCAUCAAUCCGGAGAAGGGAUCCUGCGGCAUCUUCCGGAUCACCUGGGCCUACUGGGUGGAUGCUGGGAAGCUGACCGUCAAUGGAGAGAGUCCCGACUCGGAUAGGGCCUUUAUCAACUGCGCCAACGAUCCGCACUGCGCCGCCGAUUCAGUGCAGAAUUACAUGAAGAAAUUCAACCAAGACUGCAACGACGAUGGCGAAAUGGAUUGCAUGGAUUAUGUUAAAAUCCACAAAUUGGGGGGCUUAUGGCUGUCAGGCCGACCUGACCUACAAUUUCCUUAUCACUUUUGAGGAGUGCAUCCAAAAAUACAGGGAUCAGGGAUUUUAGUGAUUUAAAACUCUUCAACCAGUUUUGAAAUUCUCACAGCAAACAUUAUGUUUAUAAACUGCUUUUGUGGCAAAUAAAUAACGACCGGGAAUCACCCGAGAUUGAAAAAUA